GAAUUUAUCCGCCGUCUAGUCUAAUUUCCACCAAUCGUUGAUUUGCACAAUCACGCGCACGGACUUGCAUUGUUUUCACUAACAACAAAUCAAGAAAACAUGCCAGCGAAAAAGAAAAAGGGGAAGAAGGGGAAAAAGGGAGGAAAGAAAAAGAAGAAGGAUGAGGCAACCUUGGAACUUGAAGAUAAAUACCAGAAAACAGUCAAUGAAAUUGAAGCACUCAAAGAUCACCUUGCGAUUCGCAAGGAGCUAUCGCGUAAAGCCCAUGGCAUGGAAGAUGAAAUGCGUAACAAAAUGAGAGAAACAGAGAAGACACUAGAAGAACACAAGUUAGAUCAACGUGCCAUCAAUGCAGACAUGACAAGGCAGUACAAGACCAUGCAGACAGAAAUGGGGCUGAGAAUUCACAAGCUGGAAACAGACCUUCUACGUACUCGACAACAGCUUUCCACCACAGAGGCGGAUCUAAAGCGAGUGACAGAAGAGAAGGAGCGAAUCACAAAGGAGAAAGACCAAGAGAUUGACACCCUCAACAUCAAGAUAGACAGCAUGGAGAAGGACUAUGAACGCAUACUGGAUGAAACUCUGGACAGCCUCAUUUCAAAGAUUGACAUUGCCAAAGAUAAAUGGAAAGACGAGGCAACGUUGGUACAGGUCAACAACAAGCAUCUUCUAAUGGAGUUUGGUCUGAAUCCACUGGAGUUGUAACAAGUGCUAAAACCUGAUAUGAAUGUUUGGAAAAAACUGGAGUUGUUCCACAGUACUGCAAAUAAGAAUUUUGUCAGUUUUCAUGUUUGCUUUAAAUGUAUUGGUGAAUUUGUUUGAAAAAAGAUAUCGUUUUUUUUUCUUUCAAGUGUUUACAAACUGACUGUUGUUCUCAAACAUAAAAGGACUAACAUUCUUAAUUUCAGUUGAAUAAUUGAACAUUAACGAAUUUGCAUUUUCGAUUUUUUGGGGAUCUUAGAUUUUCUGUUUCUAAUGUCCAUUUAAACAGCGAUAUGAUACAGCUCUGCAUUUCCGUGUGUGAUACGCUGAAUUAUCAGGGUUGCCCACAAUAUAUAAGAACGUUUAUCUUCAUCCGAUUUACAUUCAUAUUUCAUUGUUGAGUUAUAUUUUGUCUGAAAUCAUUAAUUUUUUAUUUAAAAUUAAGUUUAUCAUAAUUGUAAAAGAUUUUUAAAUGUGUUGUGUAUAACCAAUAAUAAAACACGCUUGAACUUAAAAACGACAUUUAGAUUGAAGGUAAAAGAAAAAUUAAGUAAAUACAUGUGUUCUAAAGAUAAUAAAAAUAAUUGGCGUGAGUAGAGAAAAAUUACUUGCUUCAGCAUUAAUAUAAUAUUAAUAUUAAUAAUUAUAAUAUGUGAUAUGUAACCUGUUGAAUUAUUUUCUUACUGUUGGAUUCUUUAUGGAUUGAUAAGUACUCUAAGUUAUCUUUAUUUUACAAUGAUUGUUUCUACAUCAGAAAGUCUAUUUACAAAUAAAAAUUGUAUUAAUGUAUGUUCGUUGUGGUAUUGUGUUAUUAUUGCCUUUAACAAUAUAAUAAUAAGUUGUUAUAACUGCUUACGGCGAUUGAGCGGCCGAUCUUUUGGUUUCCGCUAUAAAAACAUAAACUAUGUAAAACUUACCCGCACUAGAAAACCUCAUGCGUUCCUUUAUGUUUGGCAAGUAACCACCGGCCAAACAUUGUGACUCCGGUCCAACAGUUCAAGUCGGUCACCAAACUACUGCGAUAUUUUUCUUAUCUGUUAUACAUGUAAUAAUAAUAAUAAUGUCGCCCAUUGAGUAUUGCGCACUUUUGGCUUUUGAGGUUUUUGUUUGCCAAUAAAUUUGUAUAUCUUUU